AUGCAUUAUGGGAAGCAGAUAAUUCCGAGGGUAUUUAAGGUCAUAGACUUGCACAGAAAUAGCUACGUCAAUGCUAGACCGUCGGUCAAGCACUGUUUCCACCCCAAAGCGUCUAAAGUCCAGCAGAUUAUGCUUAGUCCCACCAAGUACUUCUUUCGAAGCAAUUUCAACAGUAUGAAUUAUAUGACCAAAGAUUUGCAACUCGAAAGUAAAACAUUCAGCAAGAUAAACGUCGGCAUUACUGAGAGCAAGCCUAGUCAGCAAAGAGCAAGUAUAUCGAAAUCUGCUGCCGGUAUCGGAGUGAAAUCUUCGGCGGCCAUGGGAAAGACUCUGAGUAGAAUGAAGGUCAGAAGACAGUCAUUCGGCUUUGGUGGUGUGGCUGGUAUAAGGGCAGAAAAGAAGACCUCGCAGGUUGGAACGGAAUACAAGCGACCCCCAAUGUUGUACCUACCCACGUACCAGCUGGACCCUCGUACUAAGUUUCAUGUGCCAAGUGUGGAGAAGACUGUUAAUGCAGUCCUGGAUGAUUACUUCGACCCACAUAAAUAUAGUAACUCGGAGUCACCAGGACUAACGGUGAUCAUGGCAGGAGAAAUAAUGAGGCACGUCAAGGCUUUCAGUUUCGAUCGCUACAGAAUCAUCGCUGUGGUCACCAUGGCACAGAGGAGAUCACAAAGCUACUACAAUGCGGUCUCAUUCUUGUGGGACCACGAAAGGGAUAACCUUGUAGAUAUGCACAGAGAAAGCAUUACUGCUUUCGUCCAAGUUACAGUCUUUGGCAUAUAUCUCGACUAAACCUUGCGUUAUAUCGUCAGCAUAGCCUAAAUUUGUCUACUGAUGACAAAGGUCUUCCCGAAUCUAGAGAGUUCUACCCAUACUCACCGUACUGGGAAUGCGUGUUUGAGCGCAGUGUGGCAAUAUUUUUUAGCUUCGGAGAUGCUGUUGUCAAUCUUAUAUAUUACGGGUUAUUUAGUAUAACAUAGUAUAUUUUAGAUUAUAUUGUUUAACUUUACAUAGUACUUUUAAUUUUUAAUUCUAUUCUGUAACUUUUUAAUUUUAUUUAGUAUAGUUUAAUAAAAGAUUUACUUGUUGAGUUACGAUAUAUUUUAGAUUAACUUGUUUAGUUACAAUAUAUUUUAGAUUUACUUACAGUACUUUUUAUG